UCCUCACCUCUCUCUCUCAACACCCACCAGGCUCUCCUCUUACCAUAAUCAAAGGAAUGACUUCUCUGCCAAAUCCAAUCUGGAAGCGUGUUAAUGAAACAGCCCUCCAUCUCUAUAAUAUACAUCCCCAUGUUUACCUACAGCACGUUCCCUUCCCUGUUCCCUGUGGCAGUGCAGCAGCAGCAGAUUGGGAUGGGAUUCGUGCCUGUGCUGAUGCGGGGUUAGGCUGAAAAUUGCUGUGUCACGAUGAGGUAUAGGGUGACUCUGGGGGGUUGGUUGGACAUCCCAGGGGUGAGCUUUCAGGGCUGUUUCUUCUACUGCACUGGAUUAGGGUUUAAUCAAGGGCCUAGGGGAGAUGAGGAAACAUUUUUUUUUUUUUAAAGAUUUUGAAUGCUCAUAUGCUGCAAAGAGCACAGUAUGGCUUGGCUCAUGGUACGUGCCAUGAUGAAGUGUUUUGUAGGAUAGGGAGGAAGGCAACUUACCUCAUUGACAUUUGCAUGUUAGCGCUGUACACAGACUUAUUUUGUUAUAGGAUUAUUUUGCUGCAGCACAGCCUCUGUCUCUGCACAGUGUCUUAGUCAUUGUGCAGCAGCCAGCCUACUUCAUCCCAUUCAUCCCUUGCCAUAUGGAUUGUUGCAUUUUAAUGUCCUGCAAAAAAAAGUUAUGGGCAUAGAGAAGGACAGGGAAUCCUUGGCUUCUGGCUGCUUGGCAACAUAAGGGAUUUCCUAAUAUGGUGAAAAGCCUUGGUUGUUUUGCAUAUAGGAUUCUAGUGCGUGAUCAUAAUAAUAAAUGAAACUUGAACGAAUUCCCCUGUCGUUCACAAUCCACAGAAUGCGCAGAAAAACAUAUGCUUCCGAGCAGAUACACUGUCACGCGUAGCCUAUGUCAGUCUGUUUUAGAAAAACAAUAUUUUUGCUUUGUUUUUUAUCCAGAAGAGUUGUACACUCCUAUGUCGUAUGAUCCUACUGUAGGCAUUGGCUGCAUUGAUUGCAGCAAAAUAGAUUUAGGAAUGUUCCACUAAUACAGAGUUAAGGGGUGUGUAGUCUACUAAUAAUGUGCCAUUACAGUUACUGGCAGGCACAGAGGUCCAGAUAUGAAUUGCCCACAGUCUACAGUAGAAACUUGGACAAGGGCAAUUGAGUGAGUUGCACGCAAAUUUCUACGGUUUAUUCGAAGGCAUGCUGGAGAAACUUGAACUAGACGAUGAUGGUGUUGCUGCUGAACCAGACAGUGAUAUUUACAUGCGCUUUAUGAAGUCCCAUAGCUGCUAUGACAUCGUUCCCACCAGCUCCAAGCUGGUUGUGUUUGACACUGGACUGCAAGUGAAGAAGGCUUUCUUUGCCUUAGUGGCCAAUGGGGUGCGUGCUGCUCCACUGUGGGACUCAGAGAGGCAGUGUUUUGUGGGAAUGUUGACAAUCACAGACUUCAUCAUCAUACUACACAGAUACUACAAGUCACCGUUGGUGCAAAUAUAUGAGUUGGAAGAUCAUAAGCUUGAGACGUGGAGAGAAGUAUAUUUGCAAGAGACAUUCAAACCUUUAGUGAACAUAUCACCUGAAUCAAGCAUAUUUGAUGCAGUGUAUUCCCUCAUCAAAAACAAGAUCCACCGGCUGCCUGUCAUCGACCCUGUUACGGGAAACCCACUUUACAUCCUCACACACAAGAGGAUCCUCAAGUUCCUCCAGCUCUUUGUGCGCGAGAUGCCCAAGCCAGCCUUUAUGAAGCAGACCCUGGGGGAGCUGGGCAUCGGCACCUACAAGAACAUAGCCUUCAUCCACCCUGACACGCCCAUCAUCAAGGCCCUGCAGAUCUUCGUAGAGAGGAGGGUGUCUGCCCUGCCUGUGGUGGACGUAUCUGGGAAAGUGGUAGAUAUUUACUCCAAAUUUGAUGUCAUGAACCUGGCAGCAGAGAAGACCUAUAAUAACCUAGACGUCACCGUGACCCAGGCCCUGAGGCAUCGCUGGCAGUACUUCGAGGGGGUCAUGCAGUGCCACAAGCUGGACGCACUGGAGACCAUCGUGGACAGGAUUGUCAAAGCGGAGGUCCAUCGGUUGGUGGUGGUGGAUGAUCGCUCGGCCAUCGAGGGCAUCAUCUCCCUGUCUGACAUCCUGCAGGCCCUGGUGCUCAGCCCAGCAGAUGCCUGCAGAGAGGAGGGCCUGCUGGAGUGAGAGGGGAAAAGCUGUGGGGACCACUGAGGUUGAAGGCUGUCAUAAAACUUAGUAUUCUACUUCUAUGGCUUCAGACAUGGGGCCCAGAGCCCUUGGUAUUGAUGCCCUAGACUUUGAAACCAAAAAGCUGGGCUGGACUUCACUGGACUGGAUUGGACUGAUACAGGGAUGUAAAAGGGCUCUAAUGCCUGAGGACCAGCAUCUCUUUGUCUAAAUGGAACUGGGCUUCAUUCACUGUGGGAGGGUUAUAGUAGGGUGGAAUGAUGACAGGGUGAGGUUGAGCCAGUCUGGAGACUGUAUAUGAGAGCUAUGUAUAUUUUGGUUUUGCUCUGUAUCAUGCUGCUCUGUCGUUGUUCCAGCAACAGUGCCUAUGAUAUUGACAGAUAUGGUCAAAGCGUCUUAGACUUGAUGAUACACACUUUAGGAGAAAUGACAGGUUUUCAUGCUUUACCUUGUAAUGGUGAGAGGGGUUGUAUUUUUAUAUGAGUAAUAUGCUGUGAAGAGAGACGGAACAUAAAAAAAAGGCCUUAUUUUAAGACGUGUUUUGCCUGCUUUAUGUACUUGCAAAGGAAAAUGGCAGAUUCUGACCUGCUCACUACUGGUCUUCUGUGCUGUGGCCAGAGAACACAACUCUGACAAAACUAAUCUCUGGUCUAUUACUGUAAAUAACAACGUUUUGAAGAAAAGUGCCAGAGAAAGCUUUAUUUUUUUUUUAAAUCUAAGUUUAAAACAAAUUAUGUUAAGCUCACUACAGUUUAAUAUUCUUUUUGUAAAUAUAACGUGGCAGUAAAAUGUUGUAUUCAAAGAAAAUGUGUAUUCAGAGCAAGAUGACUGUACAUGUGCAAGCGAUAAAUGACACUAUAAAUGUUGUUCUUUACUUUUCUAAAAGUAGCAAAAUAAACAAUGACACUGUAUUUUUA